AUGGAACUUCUCAAGCUUUUCAUCGCUAUAUUUGUUCUUUAUACUCUAAAGCCUUUGCUGGUCUACUUCUAUGACCACAAAAAAUUGCGACAGUAUCCGAAUCAAAACGUCCUAUCCGGCAUCACCAACCUGGCCUCCAUGCGAGAAAGAGCGCGCAAAUUCCGAACAAGAGAAUUAUACAUUCAGCAUCAAAAACAUCCUGUGAUCCGCGUUGCACCCAACAUGCUCUCUUUUCGAGAUGUCAGAGCGAUCAAAGAUAUCUACGGCUUUGGGUCACCUUGCCAGAAGCACGAGAUGUACCAACUCCAGAACGGCGAGGGACACAUGAAUAUUCUGAAUGUCAUUGACCGGGAGGAUCACAGCCGCAAGCGCCGAAUGCUAUCGCAUGCCUUUUCCACCAAGAACCUAGAAGCUUGGGAGUACAAGAUUGCCGAUAAAGUGGAAAAGCUAGUGGCCCAGCUUGAUAGGAGGGCUAUGCCAGGAACAAGCGUAGGGCCACCGGAUGACAACGUCGUUGACCUUCGAUACUGGUUCAAUCUCUUUACUGUCGAUGCGAUUGCAGAUAUCGCUUUGAAUGAGCUGCUUGGUAUGCUGGAAUCUGGUUCCGAUACCGUCAAAGUCAGUGUUUCGCACGGGGAAGAUCGCGCACACCGUUUCAUUAUGGAGAUGCACGAAGCAGCCCGGGUGAAAUCGAAGAUUAUCGGCACUCUAGACUGGUACCACAUUUUGAAAGGGGCUUCGAGAGUCUUUUCCUGCUACCGUUCGCAAUGGAAUUGUGGACGCAAUGUCGGCCGCAUUGUGAGCUGCUUGGCUGACAAGCGCCUGAGUCGAUAUGGCGAAGGUGAAAAGCUCGAUGAUUUUCUGAGCUGCCUGAUCAGCGACAAACAGGGGAAUUGCCGUGGAUUGAAUAGAGGAGAACUAGGGGCAGAGACGAGCAUUCUACUUGACGCUGGAUCUGAAACAACGGCCAUUGCUUUAACUCAUCUCCUUUACUACCUGAUCAAAAACCCGGCUUGCUUUUUGAAAUUAAGAGAGGAAGUGUCCGGUGCCAUCACUGGGGACAAAGUGGCGCCCUACUCCAAGGUGAAGAAUUUACCCUAUUUGAAGGCCUGCAUUGAGGAGUCUCUACGUCUAUCACCGCCACUUCCACGGGGUCUGGAGCGUGUAACACCCCCCAGCGGAGCUCGCAUUAUCGGUGAAUUCAUUCCUGGAAAUGUCGGUGUCUCGGUUCCUGCAUAUGUCGCUCAUCGGGACCCGAACCUGUUCCCAGAGCCAGAAGCUUUCCUGCCGGAGAGAUGGUUGAAUAAUGAGAAUAUUGGUAAAAUGCGCGAUGCAUUCAUUCCGUUCAGCGCGGGUGGGCGUGCAUGUGUUGGGAGGAACAUCACUAUGAUUGAGCAACAAAUCUUGAUGGCAACCCUCUUGCACCGCUAUGACUUUUCUCUCCCUUCGCCUGAUUGGACAUUGCAGAAUGAGGAGGCAUUCAAUCUAUGGCCUGUUGAGCUACCAGUGAGGAUUUGGAAAAGGGAGGUCGAAGUAUAG